AUAACAUUAUAAUUAGAUACUUUUAAACAUUUGAGUCCAAUUUUUUGCUUUUGAAAAUAAAGUAGAAACAGAUAUAUUUUAUGUGCACAAAUAACUUUUUAAAAUCCUUACCUUCUACCCUAGAAUCAAUACUAAGUAUUGGUUCUGAGGCAGAAGAGUGGUAGGGGCUAGGCAGUGGGGGUUAAGUGACUUGCCCAGGGUCACACAGUUCGGAAGUAUCUGAGGCCAAAUUUGAACCCAGAACCUCCCAUCUCUGGGCCUGCCUCUCAAUCUACCAAGCUACCCAGCUGCUCCCACAAAUAAUUUUUAAAAGUGCAUGCUUAUUCUGUGAUUGAGUCAUGGUAGAGGAAUGAUUGAUUAAUAGAUAUAUUCAAUUUCAUGGGUCUAAUAGUGUAUUGCCACAUACAUCUCCAAAAUAUUUUCUUGACUCUGAAGUUCCAACAGUGACCUACUAGAGUGCUUAAAUCCUCACAAAUCCACCAAAAUUGUAUAUGACCAUUGUGGGAAUAAUUAUGAGUUUCUGAAAUGGGAUUCUUAUCUAGGGCAAUGAAUUCAGAGGUAUCAAUAAGUGGAAACAUAUGAGGCAAGCAUCAUUUAUCAUCUUGUUUUGGACUCUGUUCUAAAGAUCUUCCCCAUCAGUGUUAAACACCUUUGGUAAGCCUGUCACCUCAUUCAGUGCAAAAGUCUUUGAGGAAUUAAAAGUGUGGGUCUCCCAAAGCAUACUGGGUAGAUACAGAAUGAACCUGAGUAGGCUGUAACAUAGCAUGAAGGAUUGAAAAAAGGGUGUUAGUAAGGAAAGAAUUUAGGAAGUAAGGAAAGAAGGACAGUAGAGAGUAAAUAUGGAAGUAAAAAAUAAUUUAUCAAGCAGGUAUUAUAUUCCUUGUACUGUAGUACAUACAUUAACAAUAUACUCAUUUGAUCCUUACAAUAAUCCUGAGAGGUAGAUAUCAUUAUUAGUCCCAUUUCACAACUGAGGAAAUUGAGGCAAACAGAGGUUAAGUCACUUACUCAGGAUCAUAUACUUAGAUACUAUAUGUGAAGCUUUAUUUGAAUUAGGAUUUCCUGACUAGGCUCAAUAUUUUCUCCACCAGUCCAUCUACCACUGAAGAAGUGUUGUACAGAUAUCAUGAAAGAUGCCUUCUAUUUCCCCUUAUCCCAGCAAAAUCACAAAUCUUUUAUGUGUGGCUUAACAAAUUAUGCAUGAAUAUUCUUGUGAACAUGGCAGAUAUAGGGAAGAUAUAGAAGCCAAGAGGAAGAUAUGGCCAAUAAUGGCAAUUGCUAUAGAUAAGUAAAGAAAUCUGGGAAUUGAGAAAAAAGCCACCAAAUCUUAAGAUUAAGAGAUCAUUAUAGAGGGCAGCUAGGUAUCUCAUUAGAGAGUCAUGCCUUGAGAUGGGAGGUCCUGUGUUCAAAUCUAGCCUCAGACACUUUCUACCUAUGUGACCCUGGGCAAGUCACUUAACCCCCAUUGCCUAGCUCUUACCUCUCUUCUGCCUUGGAACCAAUACAUAGUAUUUAUUCUAAGAUAGAAGGUAAUAUUUUUAAAAAAGAGAGAUCAUUAUUGCACUGAAGAAAGGAAUUUUGGCUAAGUAAUGAGAUCUGAGCCAAAUUGCCAGUCAAGUUAGGCUAACCUUGAAUAAAUCAUAAACCUAAGCAGCAAUCCAGGGCAGAGAUUGGAGAGGGAGCCUGAAAAAAGCACUCCAAACUUUGAAGUAGGGCUGUAGCACUGGAAACAUACUGAUGAUCUUUCACUCAACUCUAGUCCAUGUUAAUAACUGAACUUGCAACAAUCUGGGCACCAUGUCUCAAAUCUCUAAAUAAGCAUUCUGUGGACUUAGUACCAUGCCCAAGAAAGGAGUAUGGGAAACUCCGGAGGAGUUGUCAUCACAGACUCAAAUCCGGAAGUCUUUAAAGUAUGUCUGCUAUGCCAGGUUACCUAGAAAAAAAUAAUCACACAAAAAGAUAAAAGUUAUUAGGAGAUGAAAGAUAGAAAAGUCAUAUAUCAUUAAUAAGAGAAUAACUCAAAAAUACAUAAACAAUGCCUCUAAGAAAGUCAAAGCUGGACCACAAAAUCAAUUAGAAGAAGCAAUAGAAGAGCUAAACAAUUUAAUUCAAAGCUUAUAAAUGAAUUGAGAGUGAAAGGAAAGAAUUGGAAAAGAAUGAUCUGUGGUAGAGAGACUUGGAAAGAAAAUUAAUGGUUGUUCAUAAAAAUCUUACCCAAGUAAGUGCCUCCUUGAAAAUUAGAGUGAACCAAGCAAAAUAUAAUGGUUCUAUGAGGCAAGAAGAAAUAUUAAAACUAAGCCCCUAAAUUGAAAAAAAAUCAGAUCUGUCACAUAAAAUAUUGACUUUGACAACAGAUCAAUGUCAGACCAUUUAUGAAUCAAUGGACUACUUCCAAACAGGAAGUAUAUUACAAGCAUGACACACUCUUUGAAAAAACAGUCUGUUUCAUAUUUCAAACAGCUUCUACCAUUCAUGAGUGCACUGAUCCUUUUACUUGUCUUGCCUGAGAUUCAGGGGAGAAAUUUAUCUCCCUACAACCCUUUGUCAUUUGGGCUUACCCAGAUUCUAAGAUUCAUCGAAUUUCAGAUUCUUUCACACUAUACUCAGCAAGGAGUUCUCUUUCACAAUGGGAGAUCCAGGAGCUCUGACAAAAAGAAUCUGAACAGAUAAAGGAACUUUAAAGAGACAGGAGGUGAAAAUUUUAAGACUUUUCAGAAACUUCAUUGUUUUAUGAAAGUCUCUGUAUUUUAUUGUAUUUUGCUGAUUGUUUUUCUUUAAGAUUUAAUUUUGUUGUUUUAAGUUCAUAUGGUAUUCAAUACUAUUCUGUUACACUGAAUCAUUUUAAUCUACUAUGUCUUAACUAUUAGAUAUAUUUUUACCUUUCCCCUAUGGCUACUGAACAAAACAUUGUAAAAUAUUGUAAAAGCCCAUAAAGAGCUUUUUUUUUAUUACAUCUUACAUUUGUUAAUUGUCACAUAGAUCAUGGACGGACUCAACCUGGCUAACAACCUUUGGAGAAUUUAAUGAGCUAUAAUUCAAAUGGUAAUUCUAAGAUAUGGGACCAGGACACACAAGUUAUUUAAGAACAUAGGAAUUCCAGGACCGACACCUUUUCCUUUCAUUGGCACUAUUCUUUACUAUCGCAAAGGUAUUGUGGGUUUUGACUACGGAUGUUAUAAAAAAUAUGGGAAAACUUGGGGGUUUUUUGAUGGCACAAAACCUGUGUUGGCCAUCAUGGACCCAGAGACAAUCAAAACAGUGCUGGUAAAAGAGUGCUAUUCCGUCUUUACCAAUCGUCGGAUGCUUGGUCUGUCAGGAAUUUUGGAGAAGGCCAUCUCAAUUGCUGAAGAUGAGGAAUGGAAGAGGAUCCGAACAGUGUUGUCUCCAGCAUUUACAAGUGGAAAACUUAAGGAGAUGUUUCCCAUCAUAAACCAAUAUGGAGAUGUCUUAGUGAAGAACAUGAAGAAAGAAGCAGAGAAAAGCAAGCCUGUAACUAUGAAAGAAAUCUUCGGGGCAUACAGCAUGGAUAUAAUCAUCAGUACUUCCUUUGGAAUACAUGUUGAUUCCUUGAAUAACCCGAAUGAUCCCUUUGUCAGAGAAAUCAGGAAGUUAAUUAGAUUCAGUUUUCUAGACCCACUCAUUCUUUCAAUAACAAUUUUCCCAUUCCUUAUUCCUUUGUUUAAGAAAUUGGAUAUAACUGUAUUUUCAAAAGAUGCAACAGAUUUCCUAGGAAAAUCUAUUUUAAGAAUAAAAGAAGAACGAAAGAAAUCUACAGAGAAGCAUCGGGUAGAUUUCCUUCAACUUAUGAUGGAUUCCCAGACUUCCAAAAAUUCAGAGUCACACUCCCAAAAAGAUCUGAGUGAUGAAGAAAUUCUGGCUCAAUCCAUUGUCUUUAUUUUUGCUGGCUAUGAAUCCACCAGCUCUGUCCUUUCCUUCCUUUUUUAUCAUUUGGCUACCAAUCUUGAAAUCCAGGAGAAACUUCAGAAGGAGAUAGAUGCAGUUUUGCCCAACAAGGAAGCUGUCACCUAUGAUGCCCUGGUACAGAUGGAAUACCUAGACAUGGUGAUCAAUGAAAAUCUCAGGCUAUAUCCCAUAUCGGGUAGGAUUGAAAGGAUUGCUAAGAAAACUGUGCAGCUCAAUGGCUUGACAAUUCCUCAGGGAACAGUGGUGAUGACUCCUCCCUAUGUCCUUCAUCGUGACCCAGAAUACUGGCCAGAACCAGAAGAGUUUCGUCCUGAAAGGUUUAGUAAGGAAAACAAGGAGAGCAUCAACCCCUAUGUGUACCUGCCCUUUGGUGCUGGUCCUCGAAACUGCAUUGCGAUGAGAUUUGCACUUAUGGGUAUGAAAGUUGCUGUUAGCCGGCUCCUGCAGGAAUUUUCCUUCAUACCUUGUAAAGAGACACCAAUUCCUCUGAAGCUGAACAAUCAGCCACUCCUUACACCUUCUGUACCUAUUGUCCUGCAAGCUGUAUUAAGAAACAAGAAAGGGAAUCAACACUAGAAAUCUUCCAUCUCACUUUACUUAUCCCCAUCUACAAUCAUGUCUCACAUUCCUCUACUAUAUUCCAAGAACAGAAUAUCCCUGGACUUCAAAAGCAACUUAAUUCAUCUUAUGAACCAAACAAAGAAAUUAAAAUGAGGUUGUUUGUUUGUUUUUUUUAACUUCAGGAGAUUAAUGGGUAUUGCAGAUGGCCUUUUGGAGAUCUCUGUUUCUGAGGACAAUUGUAAAAUGCUUAGUGGUAUUGUGUCACCUACCUUGAUUUAGCUGAUUAUAUUCCAAAAGAAAUAAAUCCCAACAAGCUAGUACCACUUGAUAUUACUAAAUUUACUUAUUAACAGAGAACAAUAUGAAUUGAGCAGCUGUUGAAACAGUUCUUGACUAUUAUAUUCACACUGAAUGUUAAAAUAAUGUGUAGUGGCAUAUUUCUUAUUUUAAUAUUUUGCAUUAAAGACUUCUGCUGCUACAAAUCACUUAAAGACAGGUCUGGAAAUUCCUUUUUUAUAUCUAGUGUACCUUAGAAUCCUAUUAAUAUCAUUUGGUUGGAUGGUCAAUGUGUUGGGUUUUUUAUCUUAAUUAUUUCUUUUUAGUUAACUGAUCAGAAUAUUGAUCCAGAAAUCUGGGUUAACCACAGAUAUCUUGGUUAAGUGGACUAUAGUUCAGUUAUUUCUUUUUUAUUUUUCUAUUCCUUUCAUAAACAUUUGAAUAUUAACCCUGACAAAAGCUUUGGGCUGUCAAGGACUAGGUUCAGUCUCAGGGGCUCUUCACAAGGAACACUCUUUUGGUCAUGUCCCACUGAAGCUUUUACCCCCCAAAUUUCAAUGUUUGUCUCUUUUCUUCUCUGUAAAAGUUUUAAAAGGAUUCUGAACUUUUCCUCACUCAGAUAUUUAUGCAAACAGUCUGUUAACAACAAAAAAGACUUUAUUUAAGGUGACAAAAACUGUAAAGAAAAGCAUUUAUGCCUAAGUUUGUGUAGUAAAAACUACUCUCCUUAAGAACCUGUCUGGCCUCCAUUUUACCCAAGGUUGCUUUUAAGUUAGAUACUGUCAAAACAGAGAAAUAUCUGAGGUCACUGGAAUGUCGUCUCAAACAGGGAAAUGGGAGGUAAAUGACAAUUAUUGGAUAUUGAAUGUAAUGAUAGCUAAAUAAAAAUUUUAAUUGAAUUAACUUUAAAA